AUGAGAGGCUCGGAAUUUCGCGAAACUUCGCCGUCUCAAGAUCCGCUCGACGAUGCGUUCAUUUUGAAUUUGAUCGAAGCUGUUCAGAGGAAUCCAUGUGUAUAUAAUCGGUGAGAAAUGUUUUUUGACUGAAAAAUCUGAAAAUUUCGCAUUUUCAGCUUGAAAAUGAGCUGGAAAAAUGGAUUUUUCAUGAAAAAUUGUGGAUUUUAGCUUCCACAAGCUUGAAAUGUAACAUUCUUGGACAAUUUUAGCUUCUAAAAGCUCAAAAUUGCUCAUUUUUGCUCCAAGAAGCAAAAUGUUGCUCAUUUAAGCUCAAAAUUGUUCAUUUCUGUCUGAAAUUGCUCAUUUUAGCUUCUAAAAGUUUAAAAUUGCUCAUUUUUGCUCAAAAAUCCCUCAAAAUCCAUCAUUUUCGACCGCAUUUCUACCAAAAACCUCAAAAAUCUUCCAGCUACGACCCACUGCACAAAAUCACCGACUACAAACACGAAGUGUGGCGACUCAUCGCUACAGAAACCGAAUUCGACGGUCAACCCGUGGAAUUGGAGCGUAAAUGGCGACAUAUGAGGGAUAAAUAUGUGCGGCUGAGGAAACAGGACAAAUUACAGGCCCCGAUCAAGAAAUCCAAUAAAUGGUGAGCAAAAAUCGAUAUUUUUGGUCAAAAAUAAGCCAAAAAUCGAAAUUUUUGGUCAAAAACAAGCUAAGAAACGUCUAAAAUGCUUCCAGGUACAACUAUUUUCAAAAAAUGUCGUUCCUGGAUCCCUACGUCGAACAUCGUAAUCGAAAAAAUCGAAAAGACGGUGAAAACAAAUCGGACGACGAGGAUUUCGACCAAAAUCACAUCGAAAUCACCAAUUCCGACGCGUUCAAUCAACUCUACGAAUCGCUUCUCCUCAAAUCCGGACCGAUUUCAGAUUCGGGAGAAUCGUCGGAAAAUGUGAGUGCUGAAAAUCCGGUGGAAAAUCCGAUGGAAAAUGAGCUUGAGCCAAGUUUAAUGCUCCAAAAUAUCCCGAAAAUUGAGGCGAGUCGAAAGCGAAAAAGAGGAGGAGAUUUUGAGCACGCGAAUUUCGAGGAAGAAGAUGAGGUCUCACUUUUUGUCCGAUCUAUCGCUAAAAGCCUGGCAUCUAUGGAUAAACGGACGUUUUCAAAGACCAGGAUCGAAAUUUCCAAGGUUUUGUACGAUUGUCAAUUUGGAGAUGAGGCCUAA